CGCUUUAGUAUAAAUAACACAACUAAAAGUAAUGAUAUCUGUUGACGUUUGCAUAUUUAAGCAUGAAAAUAAUCAUAGAAGACUAAAUUAGAGGUGUUUCUCUAAUUAUAGUGACCUAAGUAAAGUUCUAUGUUCGAGCAAAUUAUAAAAAGUCUGGCAGUAUGACCACUGAUCUCUGCACAGAUGAUGUAGUGGUGCGGAUCACAGCUCCACAGAUCAUAUCGGUAUUCGCGGGGGUGGGUGGGGGUGCGGGGGGCGGCGCGGGGGCGGUGGGGGCGCGAGUGCACGCGUCGUCUGCCGCCGUGGAGCUGGGCCGCCGGCUGCUGCUGGCCGCGCGCGCCGGGAACACCUCGCUCGUGCUGGAUCUCAUGGCCAAGGGAGCGCCCUUCACCACCGACUGGCUGGGCACGUCGGCGCUGCACGCGGCGGCGGGCGGCGCGCACGCGGACACGUGCGCGGUGCUGCUGCGGGCCGGCAUGUCGCGGGACGCGCGCACCAAGGUGGACCGCACGCCGCUGCACCUGGCGGCCUACGGCGGCCACGCGGACGUCGCGCGGCUGCUGCUGGAGCACGGCGCCGCGCCCGACUGCCGCGACAUGCUGCGCAUGACGCCGCUGCACUGGGCCGCCGCGCGCGGACACCGCCACGUGGCCGCCGCGCUGCUGCGCCACGGCGCCGACGUCGCCGCCGUCUGCAAGUUCGGCCGCACGCCGCGCCAGCUCGCCGCGCGCGCCCGCCACCCGCACCUGCUCGCGCUGCUCGACGCGCACCCGGCGCCGCCGCCCGCGCCGCCCGCGCCGCCAGGUACACACUCACCACCCGGCGCCGCCGCCGCGCCGCCCGCGCCGCCAGGUACACACUCAGCACCCGGCGCCGCCGCCCGCGCCGCCAGGUACUCACUCACUCGCCGGCGGCCGCCACCCGCACCUGCUCGCGCUGCUCGACGCGCACCCGGCGCCGCAGCCCGCGCCGCCCGCGCCGCCAGGUACACACUCAGCACCCGGCGCCGCCGCCCGCGCCGCCCGCGCCGCCAGGUACACACUCAGCACCCGGCGCCGCCGCCCGCGCCGCCAGGUACUCACUCACUCGCCGGCGGCCGCCACCCGCACCUGCUCGCGCUGCUCGACGCGCACCCGGCGCCGCAGCCCGCGCCGCCCGCGCCGCCAGGUACACACUCAGCACCCGGCGCCGCCGCCCGCGCCGCCAGGUACACACUCAGCACCCGGCGCCGCCGCCCGCGCCGCCAGGUACUCGCCAGCUCGCCGCGCGCGCCCGCCACCCGCACCUGCUCGCGCUGCUCGACGCGCACCCGGCGCCGCCGCCCGCGCCGCCCGCGCCGCCAGGUACACACUCACUCGCCGGCGGGGCCCCCAGGUACCGCCUCACUCACCAGUGGCGCCCCCAGGGACCGCCUCACUCACCAGUGGCGCCCCCAGGGACCGCCUCACUCACCAGUGGCGCCCCCAGGUACCGCCUCACUCACCAGUGGCGCCCCCAGGGACCGCCUCACUCACCAGUGGCGCCCCCAGCCAGUAAUACCCAUUAUAUCUAUUCUAUACUUGAUUAAUGAUGUUAAUCCAAAAAUUUACUGCCUUUCAGGAAUACAGGAGGUUAAAGUGACCGUACCGAGAGCAGAAAAGCGACCGAUCAAGACUGAGGACAACUUGGAGGUAUAUCAGCGUUACUUGCAGACGGCCGGGACGGACGGACGCGCACGGGGGGAGACGGCGGCCGAAGCGUUGCUGCGGCGGCACGGCAUCACGCUGCUGCCCGCCGACGACGGCAGCACGGUACUCAGCGCGCUGCAGAGCGGCUGCACCGUAGUCCUCUCCGAUGCAGGAAAGUUAAUGUUAAAAGAAAGCGGAACGAAAGAAGCGUCUCAGCCGGCCGCGCCCACGAUCGUGAGUAAAGCCGCGUGUCAGCAGAAGGGCGUGGUGCUGACGGCGACGCCCGUGAGGACGCCGCCCAAGCCCGGCGUCAAGAUAUUCACCAUCAACAACAAACUGCUCGCACUACCCAAGGACACCAACAAGUUACCCAUCAAGAAGGUGCUCAACACGCAAGACAUGCAGGUGGUAAGUUUGGACGCCACGCCGCUGAAGUCGAUGCCGACGCCCGUGCGGAUAGUGGUCAACAAGGGCGGCGGCAGACUGCCGGCCCCCUCCCCCGCCUCCGCCCCCGCCCCCGCGGUGGUCCCCGACGAGCGCGAGAUGCUGCGCGGACAGCUGCGGGCGGCUCGCCGCGCCGCCGCCGGGCUGGCCGCCGAGCUGGCCGCGUGCCGGGCGCGGCUCCCCGCCCCCGCCCCCUCCCCCGCCGCCGGGCUGGCCGCCGAGCUGGCCGCGUGCCGGGCGCGGCUCGCACGCUACGAGCCCGCCGCCCCGCAUGGCCCCCGCCCCCGCCCCCUCCCCCGCCGCCGAGCUGGCCGCGUGCCGGGCGCGGCUCGCACGCUACGAGCCCGCCGCCCCGCAUUGACCCCGCCCCCGCCCCCUCCCCCUCCCCCGCCGCCGAGCUGGCCGCGUGCCGGGCGCGGCUCGCACGCUACGAGCCCCGCCCGCCGCCCCCGCCCCCGCCCCCGCCCCCGCCCCCUCCCCCGCCGCCGGGCUGGCCGCCGAGCUGGCCGCGUGCCGGGCGCGGCUCGCACGCUACGAGCCCGCCGCCCCGCCCCCGCCCCCUCCCCCUCCCCCUCCCCCGCCGCCGAGCUGGCCGCGUGCCGGGCGCGGCUCGCACGCUCCGAGCCCGCCGCCCCGCCCCCGCCCCCUCCCCCUCCCCCUCCCCCGCCGCCGAGCUGGCCGCGUGCCGGGCGCGGCUCGCACGCUACGAGCCCGCCGCCCCCCGCCGCCCCGCCCCCGCCCCCGCCCCCGCCCCCUCCCCCGCCGCCGAGCUGGCCGCGUGCCGGGCGCGGCUCGCACGCUACGAGCCCGCCGCCCCGCACUGACCCCGCCCCCGCCCCCGCCCCCGCCCCCCUCCCCCGCCGCCGGGCUGGCCGCCGAGCUGGCCGCGUGCCGGGCGCGGCUCGCACGCUACGAGCCCGCCGCCCCGCACUGACCCCGCCCCCGCCCCCCCCCCCCCCCUCCCCCGCCGCCGGGCUGGCCGCCGAGCUGGCCGCGUGCCGGGCGCGGCUCGCACGCUACGAGCCCGCCCCUGGUGCUGGUACCGCCCCCCGCCCCCGCCCCCGCCCCCGCCCCCUCCCCCGCCGCCGGGCUGGCCGCCGAGCUGGCCGCGUGCCGGGCGCGGCUCGCACGCUACGAGCCCGCCGCCCCGCACUGACCCCGCCCCCGCCCCCUCCCCCGCCGCCGGGCUGGCCGCCGAGCUGGCCGCGUGCCGGGCGCGGCUCGCACGCUACGAGCCCGCCGCCCCGCACUGACCCCGCCCCCGCCCCCUCCCCCGCCGCCGGGCUGGCCGCCGAGCUGGCCGCGUGCCGGGCGCGGCUCGCACGCUACGCGCCCGCCGCCCCGCCCCCGCCCCCUCCCCCGCCCCCUCCCCCGCCGCCGAGCUGGCCGCGUGCCGGGCGCGGCUCGCACGCUACGACGAGCCCGCCGCCCCCGCCCCCGCCCCCUCCCCCGCCCCCUCCCCCGCCGCCGAGCUGGCCGCGUGCCGGGCGCGGCUCGCACGCUACGAGCCCGCCGCCCCGCAUUGACCCCGCCCCCGCCCCCUCCCCCGCCGCCGGGCUGGCCGCCGAGCUGGCCGCGUGCCGGGCGCGGCUCGCACGCUACGAGCCCGCCGCCCCGCCGCCCCGCCCCCGCCCCCUCCCCCGCCGCCGGGCUGGCCGCCGAGCUGGCCGCGUGCCGGGCGCGGCUCGCACGCUACGAGCCCGCCGCCCCGCACUGACCCCGCCCCCGCCCCCUCCCCCGCCGCCGGGCUGGCCGCCGAGCUGGCCGCGUGCCGGGCGCGGCUCGCACGCUACGAGCCCGCCGCCCCGCCCCCGCCCCCGCCCCCCCCCCCUCCCCCGCCGCCGAGCUGGCCGCGUGCCGGGCGCGGCUCGCACGCUACGAGCCCGCCGCCCCGCACUGACCCCGCCCCCGCCCCCCGCCCCCGCCCCCUCCCCCGCCGCCGAGCUGGCCGCGUGCCGGGCGCGGCUCGCACGCUACGAGCCCGCCGCCCCGCCCCCGCCCCCUCCCCCUCCCCCUCCCCCGCCGCCGAGCUGGCCGCGUGCCGGGCGCGGCUCGCACGCUACGAGCCCGCCGCCCCGCAUUGACCCCGCCCCCGCCCCCUCCCCCGCCGCCGAGCUGGCCGCGUGCCGGGCGCGGCUCGCACGCUACGAGCCCGCCGCCCCGCACUGA